CCGGCAAGCAGUGUGCACCGCACCGCCAAAGAAGCUUUGUUCGUCUGAUUGAUAGGCGGUAUCGAUAUUUUGCUCCUCUUUGCGCCGUCCGACUUACGCCCACGGAAAGUGACAACUAAGUUACCGUAGCUUACCGCCGAGCAAUCCUAAACAACGCGACAUCGAUAGCUGCUGUGCUCACAGCUCAGCAGUAACCGCGCAAAGCAUAACGAGGUGCCCAGGCCAAAGAAUUCCUGAGCUAUACCACAAUGACUGGUCGGGGAGGCGGCGGCGGCCGCAAGAUUCUUCUGCCGCCUAUCAACUGCAUUUUCAAGCUGCUCCAGUCGCAUGCCACUGUUUCAAUUUGGCUAUAUGAGCAGUUGGGCAUAAGAAUUGAGGGCAAGAUCAGGGGAUUCGACGAGUUCAUGAACCUUGUUAUCGAUGACGCGGUUGAAGUGAAACAGAUUACCAAAGACAACCCAGAGGAGAAGAGGAGGUCGUUGGGUCAAAUCCUCCUGAAGGGUGACAAUGUUUCCCUGAUCCAAAGCUUACAAUAG